GAAGUGAGUAGUAACAUGAGGUGGUGAAUAGCUAUUCACUUUUGUGUACCAAGCGAGGCACCCAAACAAAACCCUGGUUCCUUUAACAUUUAACCGGGCGCCGUUGUUCGUUGAUAUUACGGUUUUCCGGAUUCACCGCCGACAGUUGGGUGUCCCCUUUUCCCUCCAUCAAAUUUGGCCGACGAUCUAUUGCCGUCUGGACCACCGACUUAUUCCUCACGCAUUGUCUCUCUCUAUCAGUGUGGUAGAAGAAGACUGUGGAUCAUAGUUGAGCUGAAUGCCUACAUUUAUCUCUUACUAGCAUUGGUUUCAGUAUAUUGUUUGUGGAUGGAGGUUGAAAAACCGGAGUUUGAGGGAUCGGAGAUUGAGUAUGUGAGCUAUAGCGGGGAGCAUCACCUGCCGAUGAUUAUGAAUCUGGUGGAUGAGGAGCUUAGCGAACCCUAUUCCAUCUUCACCUACAGAUACUUCGUCAAUCUCUGGCCCCAUCUCACUUUUCUCGCAUUCCACAAGGGGAAAUGCGUGGGGACGGUGGUGUGCAAGAUGGGAGACCAUCGCCAUACUUACAGAGGAUACAUCGCCAUGCUCGUUGUUCUCAGCCCUUACAGAGGCAGAGGCAUUGCAACUGAAUUAGUGACCAGGUCGAUCAGAGUGAUGAUGGAAUCAGGUUGUGAGGAGGUAACAUUGGAAGCAGAAGUUACAAAUAAAGGAGCACUCGCGCUUUAUGGCCGUAUGGGGUUUAUUAGAGCCAAGAGGCUUUUCCGAUACUACUUGAAUGGAGUUGAUGCUUUCAGACUGAAACUAUUGUUUCCACGUCAAGGACCUAGUUAUUCUGAAUCUGGGGUAUUAACCAUGGAUGAGGCGGCCCAUGGUGGCAGGAUGCAACCUGAAGAAAGUACUGCUCCGUGAUACAACUAAUUAAUCAGGUAGAUGAAUGAAGAUCAUAUUAAAGUUGUUUGUCAGAAUAUGUACAAUAACGUUUAUAUUUAGCGAAUUCAUCUGAUGAAAAUCUAAAAUCAGGAGGUGCUGAAAUCUUGCUAAUGCUUGUACAUUUUUCCAAUUUUGUUGCAUUUGGGGCGAUUUAGCAGGAAAUUUUAAUUUUCAGAAACAAUAAAAAAUAAAUGUAACCACCCUAUAUAUUUUGGCGUUUGUGCGGUUGAAUGUUAGAAUCGCAUUUGUGGAUGAUGUUUGAGGUUGACCGUGGAGGAUCAUUUUGAUGGGGUCUCAAAUAUAGACCGUAGAUAAAAUCAACGCCGCCUCCCUCCCUCUAUCUCGAGCAUUAUGCAGACGUCAUUGACCCAUGAUUUUUAUCUAUUUUAGUUGUAUUCCUAUUCUUUUAAUGAAACAUCUUUGACUGUUGGCAUACUUCAU